UCCGCUUCAAGAAUUUAUGUGAUUUGACUUGGUUGAUUUAUUUAUUUCAUAAACAUGCUUUAGACAAGAAUUUUUGCGGUGUAGCAAUUUUUUUUUGCACUUCGAAACCAAACAAGUUUUUAGUUAUUGUAGACUAAAAUUUUGGAGCUUAUAUAUGAGAUUAGGACGACUUAAGAUAAACCAUAAUUUAUUAGUGCUUAUAAAAAGCAAAUACUUGCAUUGUUCCCCAAUUUCCUGCUGCCAUUAUUGGAGAAUAGAUAACAUUCAAUUGCUCCUAUGUGGAUUUCUUGAUGAGAUGAAAUGUUUUUUCUUCCUCAAAUAUAUGAAGUCCCAAUAAAUAUGUUGCAUUUAUAUAAGAUUAGAAGGGUGGUAGAUUUGGUAAAUUCUAUGUUAGGAAAAGACAAAAAGGGAAGGAGAGAGAACAAAAUAUUGAGUAGAUUUGCUGCACAUGGCUUGUCACAGCUGGCUUACAGCUGGCAGCCUGUGAGUGGGGGAAUUGUCCUAGGAUUCUGAAUAAAUGAUUGCAGCAGCUAGUUUGUUAGAUAGGCAGAAAUUAGUAGUGGAUAUACCACAUGGGAGAGACUAGGCCUCUCUAAGAGCCUCCAUUCUGUUUCUAUCUUUUCUGCAUUUUUUCUACAGCUUUCUACUUUUAUUUGUAACCCUAGAUCCCAUUUGAACUCUAGAGAACUUCAAAUAAAAGUCAGUAUUUUCUUAUAUCAUUCUGUUUCUGUUAUUUUUCCUAUUUAGAUAUUAAAUUGAUCCUAUCAAUUUGGUAUCUAGAGCCUUGGUUUCAUCAGUUUGUGAAUGGUCAAUACAAGGAGCAUCAUGGAAAAUAGAGUAGACACGAUGGAGCAGAGAAUGAACAAUUUUGAAGGAACCUUAGAUCAAAUCAGACUGCUGGUUAUAGAACAACAAGCGAAACCCCAAGUCACGAUGGAGCAGAUACGCCAACUGCUUCAGGAUCGACCACGAAGGACACAUAGAUAUGGGAGCGAGCACGAGUACGACGAUGAGGAAGGAAGUGAGAGAAGCACUGUGUCACGAGAUUCUCGACCCAGAACUCGUCGUCACGGUGGCGGAAAUGGGUCUAGGUUUUUGGGAAACAAACGAAGAUUGGAAAUUCCAAUCUUUAAGGGAGAUGACGCAUUUGGUUGGCUGGUUCGCGUAGAGAGAUACUUCCAUUUGAAUGGGAUACGAGUAUGUGACAAGCUAGACGCAGUGGUACUGGCUAUGGAGGAUAGAGCUUUGAAUUGGUAUCAGUGGUGGGAAGAACAAGCACCACUAAGGACUUGGGAGGAAUUUAAGAUUGCGGUGAUGAGAAGAUUUCAACCGGGUAUGAUGCAAAACCCGAUGGGCCCCCUGCUGAGUUUGAAACAAAAAGGGACUGUUGUGGAGUAUAUGGAGAAGUUUGAGAGGUUAGUAGCUCCUUUAAGAAGAGAGGAAAGAAUAAUGUUAGAUUCCAUUUUUUUGAAUGGUUUGAAGGAGGAGAUUCAGGCUGAACUAAAGCUCUAUGAGAGUCAAGGUUUAUCUGACCUCAUGGAUAGAGCAUUAUUAAUUGAAGAGAAAAAUGAAGUUUGCCAAAAGAAGGGGAGCUCGUGGAAGGAUAGAGGAGGACUGCUGAAAAUCAAAGAUCCUAUAGAAGUAGGUGGCUCUAAGAAGGAUGGUGAGAACAUCAGUGGAGGAGCAAAUGAGAGAUACAAAGGAAGGAGAUUGAAUCCUGCUGAGUUAGAGGAGAGGAGCAAGAAGGGAUUGUGCUUUAAGUGUGGUGACAAAUGGAAUCGGGAGCACAUAUGCAAAUUUAAGCAUAUGAGUUUCAAGCUGUGUGAGAUUAGUAGUGAGGAAGAAGAGGGGAAUUGGGGAGUUAGUACUCAAACUGAGGCAGUGGAGGAAUUAGUGACAGAACUCAAAACCUUACAUUUGUCACUGCAGAGCAAGCAAGGGUUCACUUCUAAUAAAUCCUUCAAGGUUUGGGCUACCGUACAAGGACAGAAGUUGAUAACCCUCAUUGAUUCAGGGGCAACUAGUAAUUUCAUUGAUGCUAGGCUGGUAGAGAGAAUGGGCAUACAGUUGAUGGAGACUCCUCCCUAUGUCAUAGAGGUGGGAAAUGGAGAGAGGGUUAAAUAUCAAGGUGUUUGUGAAGGGCUGAGUUUCAAUGUGCAAGGGGUUGACUUUAAUCAACAUUUUUUCUUAAUGGAGUUAGGUGGAGCUGAAUUGGUGUUGGGGAUGGAUUGGUUGGCCAGUUUGGGCAGCAUUGAAGCAAAUUUUGGUGUGUUAUGUCUGAAAUGGAAGCAGGAGGAGAUUGAAUAUUGUAUUUUUGGUGACCCUAUACUAAGUACCAAACAAGCUUCUAUGGAAGAAAUGUUGAAAGCCUUGAAUGAUGAAGGAAGAGGAAUGCUGGUAGAAUCUGUGCAAGCUGAAGGAGAAAAUGCAGCAGUAGAGGAUGAUGAAUGGAAGACAUUACUGGACAGGUUUGAAGAAGUAUUCCAUCUACCUAAUGGGCUACCACCUAUUAGGGAGCAUGAUCAUGCUAUCAUCCUAAAGCCUGGAGCAACUAUUCCUAAUCUGAGACCCUAUAGAUAUCCCUUCUACCAAAAAAAUGAGAUAGAGAAGAUUGUGGGUGAAAUGAAGCAGGCUGGGACUCAGUUGAAAUACAGCAGUGCAUAUCAUCCUCAGUCUGAUGGCCAGACAGAGGUGGUGAACAGAUGUUUGGAGACCUACCUGAGAUGUGUAACAGGGUUGAAGCCUAAGCAGUGGCCCAAGUGGUUAGCCUGGGCAGAAUAUUGGUACAACACCAACUAUCAUGCUUCACUUAAAACUACACCAUUUGCAGCCCUUUAUGGUAGACCCCCCCCUGUGUUAAUCAGAGGUGAUACUCCUCCUUCAGUAGUAGAUGAGGUGAAUAAGCUCACAGCUGAAAGAAACAUAAUGAUCAAGGAGCUGAAGGAUCAAUUGUGCAAAGCUCAAGAUGUGAUGAAAACUCAGGCAAAUAAACAUAGGAGGGAAGUAGAAUAUGAAGUUGGAGAUAUGGUUUUUCUAAAAAUCCAGCCUUACAAAAUGAAGAAAUUGGCCCAGAGAUUGAACCAAAAGUUGAGCCCAAGAUAUUAUGGACCUUAUGAGAUAAUCAAGAGGAUUGGUGCUGUAGCCUAUAAGCUCAAACUGCCUGAAGACACCAAGGUACAUCCUGUCUUCCAUGUAUCAUUGCUGAAGAAGGCUGUAAUUCCUUCUGUUAUGCCCCAACCAUUACCCUCCUGCAUGAAUGAAGACUGGCAGCUUGAGCCCUUGCCUGAGAAAGUUAUGGAAGAAAGGAGGAAUAAGCAGGGUGAACUGGAGGUGUUGAUCAAAUGGAAAACAUUGCCAGAUUUUGAAAACUCUUGGGAACUAGUGAGUAAGAUAAAAGAAGAGUUUCCAGACUUUAUCCUUGAGGUCAAGGAUAGUUUUGAAGGGGAGGGAAUUGGUAGAUUUGGUAAAUUCUAUGUUAGGAAAAGACAAAAAGGGAAGGAGAGAGAACAGAAUAUUGAGUAGAUUUGCUGCACAUGGCUUGUCACAGCUGGCUUACAGCUGGCAGCCUGUGAGUGGGGGAAUUGUCCUAGGAUUCUGAAUAAAUGAUUGCAGCAGCUAGUUUGUUAGAUAGGCAGAAAUUAGUAGUGGAUAUACCACAUGGGAGAGACUAGGCCUCUCUAAGAGCCUCCAUUCUGUUUCUAUCUUUUCUGCAUUUUUUCUACAGCUUUCUACUUUUAUUUGUAACCCUAGAUCCCAUUUGAACUCUAGAGAACUUCAAAUAAAAGUCAGUAUUUUCUUA